AUGUCUCAGACGGAGCCUGAAAAUGCGCCGCAACUCGCGGCAACACGAGUCGGCGACGACGAGUCGAAAGCCGCAUUUUCCGCGCGUACAGAAAGAGUUGACGACGCGGCGGGAGAAAGAGACGGGAGGGACGGGCAGGAUGGGCGGGACGCGUCUCCGUCCCCCCCGUCCUCGUCAUGCGUGGACGCGUCGCUUCUAGCGGAAGAGCUUAGCGCGUCCACUCUUGCGGCGCUGCAGGAUUUCCUUUCCGCGCAAGCCGCCGCCGCGCAGCACCAGCACGCGCUUUCCGCGCAAGCGGCGGAUACCGGCUCCGCGGAAGGGGGGCGCGCGGGCGGGGAUGAGGCUGGCGGAGCUGCGCGCGAUGGGGAAGGCGCGGGGACAACGGGGGGACAGGAAGCGGUUGGAGACGCGCUGUUUGCGGAGGAUUGGGGUUUAAGCCAGUUCUGGUACGACGCGCACACUUCCGCGACUGUGGCGGCGGAAGUGGCGCGGUUGAUGGGCGGAGGCGCGGCUUGCGCGCGUGCUGAUGAGGAGGGGAAAGGAGAGGAGGCGGAGGAAAAACCGCGGGAAGAAGCGGACGGGGAAAGCGCGGGGGGAGGGAAGGGCGUCGAACGAAAGGAGGGGAGGGGGAAUGGGGAGGGGGAGGGGGAGAGUAGCGUGGGCAGCGGAGGCCCCAGAUCUAUUCUUUUACCUCCCUUCCCAUCUUUCCCCCAUUCCCCUUUUCCCCCUUACCUCUUUUCCCCCUUUCCCUCUUUCCCGUUUCCCCGUUUCCCCCCUUUCCCCCGGCCGCCCCGCCCCUCCCCCAACCAGCGCCGCUACCCGACCAUGAACCGGCGCUACCCCGCCAUGGACGUGCAUCUGCUGGAGUACGACCGGCGCUUUGCUGCCUUUGCGCCGCGCUUCUCCCGCUACGACUACCGCACGCCCCUAGACGUGCCCGCUGCUCUGCACCACCGCUUCGACGUCGUUGUCGCCGACCCGCCCUACCUGAGUGAGGAGUGUUUGGAGAAGACAGCACAGACCAUGAAGCUGCUAGCCAAGGAGGGGGACUCCACUGCCACUCCGCCCAGCCUCCUCCUCCUCACAGGUGCAGUGCAGGCGGAGGCAGCAAAACGUCUGCUGCAGCUGCGCCCGGCUGUGUUCCGUCCAGAGCACCGCAACAAGCUCGGCAACGACUUCCGCCUCUUCACCUCCUACCCGCCGCCCCAAUCCCUUGGCGGCUGGGAGCCUGAUAGCUAG